AUGGAGGCCACGAAGAGCUUUCUGGAUCAGGUUCUACCUCAAGCCACAGCCUCCUGGGCUCACAUAAUGGCCAAUUACUCACCUCAAAAAAUCGAGUUUGUGGGUACACUUAUCGUCCAGCUCCUCAGCUUCUGGCUACCAUCAAUAUGCUAUAUGCUCCUCGAAGUGAUAGCGCCCUCCUUCUCCCAGCGCCACAAGAUCCAACCAGCACCCAAACAGCCCACAUGUCACGAGAUCGCACACUGCUUUAUAGUAGUAUUACAGAACCAGAUCCUGACAUCUAUCCUCCAUCUGAUAUUGAUCUCUGCAGCCAGCUAUGCUGGCAUUAAAUCAACAUAUCGCAUCGAAACCCCCCUACCAGCGCCAAUUGAGAUCCUGCGCGACGUCGUUCUUAGCCUGUUGAUCCGCGAAGCUCUAUUUUAUUACAGCCACCGAAUCCUGCAUAUCCCCGCCCUCUACAUCCCCAUCCAUAAGAAGCAUCACCGAUUCACGGCUCCCAUCGCUCUAGCUGCUCAGUUCGCUCAUCCGAUCGAGCACAUCUUCGCUAAUACUUUACCUAUCUCUCUGCCGCCGCAGUUGCUGGGGAGUCACGUUGUGACCUUUUGGGUGUUCUUGGCGUAUGAGCUUGUGAAUACGGCGACGGUUCACAGUGGAUAUGAUUUCUUCCAUAAUAAGGCCAAGAUGCAUGAUCUUCACCAUGAGAAGUUCAAUUUGAAUUAUGGAUCGUUGGGGUUGCUGGAUUGGGUGCAUGGAACGGAUCAGUUGAAGAAGCAUCGCACGGCGUAA